GGAAGUUGGAAGUAUUGGCACUAUUUGGCAGCCAUAAUGAACGCGAACGCCGGAGCGAGCGGUACGAUACUCCCGUGGAUUUGAAAAACAGAUUUGAAUUUAAUUGAAAGUGCGCAGCCGCCGAGAGUGCGCGACAACGUCGUCGUCGAUCCUCGAUCCUCCGGUCGGUCCUACUUCCUCGUCAGCCGUAGCUGGCGUUUCUUCCCCGUGUGUGUGUGUGUGUAGUUCCACCUCGUCUCUUCUCGUGAAAAGCGCGAGACGUGAAUCCGCGCGAGCGUCGCGUCGCGCACGCCGCACGUGCGUGACGUGAUCCAACGAAGAAGCCUGCCUGCGAACAUGGAGGUCGCGCGGAAGGUGCACUACGAUGCGUGCGACAUGCAGAACGGCGAGCUCACCUGGAGCUGCGGCGGCACCAACGGCGGCGGCGGCAACGGCGGCAACGGCGACGGCGACGGCGACGGCCGCGACAGUCCCGAGUGUCCCUACGUCCUCGACUCCUCCGUCGACGAAUUCGACUCGCCGCCGCCGCUGCAGCCGCGCAAGCUGUUCAACGCGGCUGACUGCAACGACGACGAGCAUCCCAUCAACAACAACAAUAAAAUUCCGAUCUUCGUGACAGGUACUCCGGUCAUCAGAGCUCCUAUCAGUCGCGAAACUGUUUCCCACAAGAAUUCAAUGGGUUGUAGUCCACCGUACAAGCGCGUUAGGGCAUUACGUCUAUUUGAUUCGCCCACAACCCCAAAAACUCUGAUAGAGAAGAGCGUGUUACAAACUCCGGUACCAAUAAGGUGUUCUAGAUUUUUUAAUCUAGAAAAACCUAGACCUUCGAAGAUAAGUCCUCCCAGUUACCCGAAUAAGUUGGAAAAACCCACUGCGAAUUUAAAUCCAUUCACACCUACUGGCAUGUUAAUAACAGCAAGAAAAAGAAGCAGAUCCAAACGUAGUCUCAAUGGUAGUAGUAGUUCGCCGGAUAUGCAAAUACCAAAGUUUGACCUCGCCGACUCCGAAGACUCCGACAACGAGUACGAGCACGCGACGAAACGCGUAGCACUGCAGGACUCGAAUAUAUCGCGUUACCACAAGGAGUUCCACGAGCUCGGUUUGAUCGGGGCCGGUGAAUUCGGCUCUGUGUACAAGUGCAUCAAUCGGUUGGACGGGUGUACGUACGCAGUCAAGAAGAGCAUCAAGCCUGUAGCGGGCAGCACCAACGAGAAGAAUGCGCUGAACGAGGUGUACGCGCAUGCCGUGCUCGGCAAGCAUCAGCACGUGGUCCGCUACUAUUCUGCUUGGGCGGAGGACAAUCACAUGAUCAUCCAGAACGAAUACUGCAACGGCGGCAGUCUAGCGGACAUGAUCCUCUCGAUGCAGGAGCAGAAGCAGCAUUUCAGCCAGGCGGAGAUGCGCCAACUGCUGUUGCACGUGGCCGAAGGGCUGAGGUAUAUACACAGCGUGCAGCUUGUCCACAUGGAUAUCAAGCCUGGCAACAUCUUUAUCACCAAGGAAAAAAAAUUGCUCGCCAUCAACUAUGACUCCACCGAUGACGGUUUCGACGAGGACGAGACCGUCGACGAGGAGAUCACGUACAAGAUCGGCGAUCUCGGCCACGUCACUUCCAUCAGCAAUCCGCAGGUGGAGGAGGGCGAUUGCAGAUAUCUUCCAACGGAGAUUCUGCAAGAGGACUUUACUCAUUUACCGAAAGCCGAUAUCUUUGCCCUAGGGCUGACCGUUUACGAAGCCGGUGGCGGUGGGCCUCUGCCGAAAAACGGACCCGCGUGGCACGACAUUAGACAGGGGAAAUUGCCAAACCUGCCACACUGCAGUCGCGAGCUGAACGACUUGUUGAAGCAAAUGAUUCAUCCCAAUCCGGAAGAGAGGCCAUCGGCGAUAUCUUUGAUGCAACACCGAGUCCUAUGUCCGCUCGGGAAGAAAACCAAAGCGCAAUUGCGAAGGGAAUUGAACGCUGAAAAGCUCAAAAAUGAAAUCUUGUCCAAACGACUCCAUGACGCGGCGUUGUACCUGAAGUCUAUCACACCGAACGUUGUCGGAGAGGGUGGUAAUAGCGACCGACAGUUGCGACCGAUAGCCACCAGAUUAUCGUCAUCCCGUAUUAUAGGCAAAAAAGUCAAUCGUAGUAAUAGCACUACGAACUUUUGAAUCUUUUUCUCGUUGACUUUUGACACCGGUAGAGUUUCGGAAGGUGGAACUUGAGGGAGCGAUCGUUUUCCUGAAGUCACCUUAACAUGUGAUACCGUAUCUAGUUUCUUUUAAGUAUGAUUCCAGUAAAAAAUAAGACGUUUAUACACACCAGAAUGCCGAAUGAAAUUACAUACGAUUGUAAAGAGCAUUCCUCCCUAUGAUGAUUAUCUCCUGUAAUACGAUUGACGUUUAUUAUAUAGCUGUAAACAACGUAAUAUCUUAGUACCCUUAUACUAUAAUAUGGUUGUGUAUUUUUUUUUUCUUGAAUUGUUAUCGAAAACGAAAUUUGUUAGUAUACGAACGUGUAGCAAGCAAGUUUGGAGUCAUUUUUUGGGGAGAGCGCUGAGGGAGCAAAGUUUGAUUUAAUCCAAGGUGUAAUUUAUGCUCGAAUGUGACAAGAUAGUAUAAUAUUCGUAGAGUCGAUUGGCAUAAAUUUUUUUUCUAAAUUAUGAAAUGAAGCUGCAUUAUAGCAGGCUAAUUUUGUGCAGUAAGAAAGUUUUUGAGGCCACUUGAUAUUCUUUCCUGUUUCAACGUUGAUAGAAUCUCUUGCGCUUAUCGAGUGUUGUUUUUUUUUUUUAAUACUGGGCUCUAAAACUUUCCUUAUUUCAAUAUAAAGUUUUUUUUUUCAUUAAAGUAAUUUUAUUCUAUCUCGGUAUGCAGUGCAUGCGGAGUAAUAAGUAAAAAUCGCAUGUAAGCGAAUAAAGAUAAACUAUUUGUGUCUUUUACAAUUUUUGCACGUUCAAUAUUUAUAUGUUAUAAAAUCUAAUAGUUAUCUCACUUUUCUCUCUCAGGAAUUUAGGGUUUAUAAUCAUUUUCUUAAACGUUUAAACGUUUUUCUUUUAUACUUUAUAAACAACGAACUUUUCCUUUUUGUAAAAAUGACAAUCCACGACUGAACAAGUACGUUCUAGUUGUAUUAAUAACAACGAAAAUUGUUCUUAUAUCUUCUUAACCUGCUUUCGCUUGCUGAUUGUAACGCUUUCUUUACAAUCUCAAUAACAAUGCACGGACUAUUUUGUAUCUCGUAAAAAAAAAAACCAAAAUUUACCUGUAUAAAAAUAAUAAGUACGUCCAUACACUUGUC